AUGUAUGGUGAUGACCCUUUAGUAAUAACUGAUCUUAAAAGUGAACUAGACUAUGUGAAGAAUCUCAUGGAGAAACAUGCAAUAGAAGAAACAACUUUCACCGAAGGAAAUGAUGGUACAGUGAACAUUUCAGGACCAUCAGGAAGCACAACCGUCCCAGGAGUCGACUUUGUGGAAGAUCCACACAAUUUACUUCCGGAUGUGCUAGAUGCAUUUGAUAAAUCAUUUGACGCUGACUGGGACGAAAUAAAAGCCCGCCUAGAGAAACUGAAAAAGUUCUCAGACGGCCGACUCACAGCAAGUAUGAAGAGGGACUAUAAAAACCAAGUAGAACGUGUUCAAGCUGUCAAAAGAGUUAUCAAGGGUAAGGAAGGACUGAUAAUGGAUCCUAAGAAUAUAUAUGUCAGGGAACUUAUAGACCGAUCAGCUGUAAGAACACUCAAUGAUGGCACAGAGGUGCUAAUGUUUAGGAGUGAACAAGGUAUUGAAAAAAGUGGGACACAAAUAAUGAAACGUGGUAAGACCAAGACUCUAGUGUACUCAAAGAACUCACCUGCUCUGAGAGAAUAUAAGGAACUUAUAAAGAAAAUCAAGCAGACCCCUACGGAUCCUGACGCUAGAAUUACAAGUGAAGAAUCGGUUUACGAGGACACCAAGGAAGAGCCACAAUUUGACGACAGUGAUGAGGAAUACGCUAAUCGCGAGAACAUUGAGUUAACAGACACAGGUGCACAACUAGGAGAUCUUCCAGGGCUAACAAUGCAAGAAAACAAUGAAUUAAGAGGAGUACUUAACCCACCUGAGGGAUCAAGCUUGGAAGGCAGAACAGGUCCAAAUGGAGCAUUGCAAGUACAAGCGGAUUACUUUGACGAAGCUAUUGGCAGAAUUCGAACUGUAGAGCAAGCCACCUCAGCGGAAGGUACAACUGAGUACAAUGCUCUUCUAGAAAGAAUUGACAGUCUAAAGGAAGCUAGAGAUCGAACCCUAAAACAGAGAGUAUUAGAGGAAACCAGGGAGGCGCAGUUGGAAGAUAUUUCCAGAUUACGCAAGUUUGUGAAAUGGUUAGGGGAGGAGAAGGUGGGUCUAACUGAAAUAGCAAUAUCAACAGCAGGUCUAAUAACAACUCUUCUUGUCCAUGCUAGGGGAGCUAUUGUGAAGACAGCGAAUACCACAAGUAAGCUUGCAAAAGCAUUAGCAAAUUUAGCGAAGAAAGCAGGGCCACUUCUGGCUCCAUUUCUAAAUGUCCUUGCGUCAGCUCUCAAAUACGGUGCUACAGGUGUAGCAUGGUUAGCGUCACACUUAUGGGUAGUUGUUGUUGCCAUAGCUCUAAAUAUAUACGAUUAUAACACCAAGUAA